AUGAAAACCACUUGUUGUCUACACGGGCAGUGCGCCGACCGCACGCCCUUCUACAACCGCGAAUGUGUAAUCUCUACAUUCGGGUCAAAAUUCGCAAAUGUACUGAAAGUGUGCCGCGACAAUAUUUAAAUUAAAAUUUCAAAUAGUGUAAAUGAACGUUAAUUUUUUAAAAUGUGCUUAAAAAGUUCAUUAGUAUGUUUUUAUGUGGCUAUAAUCACGAGUUGCGUGGUCGGUGAUUGCGGGCCUCGGUUGAAGUAUGCCUGGGGUGAUGCUCUUCAAAGCACAGAUUGUCCAGGGCCAGAUGGUGCACCAUAUCCCAGGCAAAUGGUAAACCGGGCGUUAAAAUCGGGACCCUGGGGUCAGUCUUCACGUCAAGGGCGGGAUAUGAAAACAGUGAAUCCCGGUAUGAUGCGAAGAGCAUUGUUGGAGGCCCAUGAAAAAUACUCCGAGGGACUAAUGCUGGCGCCGACUAAUAGAACAGCUCGCGCAUCGAACCUUCCGGGAUUAGCACCAACUUCUUCGAGCACUUGUGGCGGAACCAGAUUAUGUAAAACCCGUUAUAACACUACAGCACCCAUGUACGGUGUGUCUUUAACAUCUGGUCAACCUGUCACUAUCGUUCAGAAGUUCCCUGAUCUUCUACAGCAAGUCGUCUUUGAAGUUUGCGAGUCCAGCGAAUGCUCGGUUAUCCGUGGUUCGUGUACACAGACAUAUGUUCCCUAUCUAUUUCUCGUAUUGCCAUUGGGGCCUGUGACGCUAACGGGGCAGGACUACGUUCUUGUAGAAUCUGGGUGUGUGUGCAGGCCAGACCCAGUUGUGUAGCGAAUCUAAAUAUUUUGAUGAAAUUGCCAGAACUAUUUGGUUAAUGCAAGUAUUUUUAACUGAUAUAAACGUGGCGAUAGUUUAUAUUCGUUGAUGAAGUUUUAUUAAAAAAAAUUAUUGAUUCACAAUUUACGCUAAAAGAUUUGUACAUUUUAAUUUUUCAUAGAUAAUAGUAGAUGGAUCUUGUCAUACGGUGUAGGUGUUUUAAAUAUUUACGGAAUUCACAUUAUAUUCAGCAGGGCUAUUCUGGAAUCAAUUGGCUGUUGUCUGGUAUGAAACUUAGUAGUGAAGAUGUUGCGAUAUUUGUACGUAGACUUUAAAUUGAAAGGUUAUGUAGGUUGAGAGUAACCCAGCUGUUAAUGAUAAUUAUUUUAGGAGUUUGAAGAGUUUAAAUUUUUUAUUAAAACAUUAAAAGGUUCUGUCGGAUCAUUCAGUAAAAUUAAAAAAAAAUUGUGGGUUAUAAGGAAUCAUUCAUAAUCAUUCUAAUAAGCAAAAUUUUAAAAAGAAAUAUGGUAAAAAGUAUUAAUAUUUAAGUAAGUUCAAAAACGCAUUUAUUAGAAAACUUAAUAAAAUACUUAAUUAGCCUAGGUUUUGUAUAGACUGAAAUUUUAGUAUUUUGUUAAUUUAUUUAGAAAAAUAGAAUUAUAUUUUG